AUGGCGUCACGGAAGAAGGUUCUCCUCAAGGUUAUCAUCCUUGGUGAUAGCGGUGUCGGCAAAACAAGCUUGAUGAAUCAAUAUGUCAACAAGAAGUUCAGUGGAAGCUACAAGGCGACUAUUGGUGCCGAUUUCCUCACCAAGGAGGUCCUCGUCGAUGACCGGCUGGUGACGAUGCAGAUUUGGGAUACCGCCGGUCAGGAACGGUUCCAGUCUCUGGGUGUCGCAUUCUAUCGAGGAGCCGACUGCUGUGUUUUGGUCUACGAUGUGAAUAACUCGAAGAGUUUCGAGGCGCUGGACAGUUGGCGGGAUGAAUUUUUGAUCCAGGCUAGCCCCCGUGACCCGGAGAGCUUCCCCUUUGUGGUUAUUGGCAACAAGAUCGAUGUAGAGGAGAAUAAGCGGAUGAUCUCUUCGAAACGGGCCAUGACGUUCUGCCAGUCUAAGGGCAAUAUCCCGUACUUUGAGACUAGCGCCAAGGAGGCUCUUAACGUGGAGCAGGCUUUCGAAGUGAUCGCCCGCAGCGCCCUCGCGCAGGAAGAGGCUGAGGAGUUCAGUGGUGAAUUCAGUGACCCGAUCAACAUCCAUCUGGACAAUGAGCGCGAUGGCUGUGCCUGUUGA